AUUUGAGACCACUCUGUUUCCACUUGUCCAUUCAUUCUCAUGUGGCUGUUAUCUCAACUCUUUAUACUUACAUUUCCUCAACAAUCCUCAGCAACAAUUGUUCAUGUUCAAAUUCAUAAACAUCACAUGAAAAUUAGAUGAGAUAUAGCUCUAAAAUCUUGACUUUAUGACUUGCGCAGCUUGUUCUCUCACGCCAACUACCUCACCCGCAGCUUCUUUCAACAAAUCCAUAAUUCAGAAAUGGAGUUUGAAUAAUGGAGCCGUUCUUUUUUACAAAAAACCAGCAAGUUCGAUUCUGACGAGGCCUUGUGCGGCUUCUUCAUCAUCUUCUUCUUCCGCAACCACGAAGAAGAAGCGGAAGAAGAAGAAGAAGAAGGAUGAAGAGGAGGAGGAGGAGGAGGAGGAGAAAGAUGAGAGUCGCAGCGGUGACGAUGAGUCUUCUUCGUCGAUGAUGAAGAGGUUGGAUGAUGUGAAUCCGGUGGGGUUGGGGAGGAAAUCGAGACAGAUAUUUGAUGAGGUGUGGAGGAAAUUCUCCGGCUUAGGACAAAUUUCGAGGACUAUAAGGAGUGAUGAGGAUGAUGAGGCUGUUGGUGGUCCCAUGUGUGAAUUUGCGAUUCCUGGUGCGCAGAAUACUACUGUUCUUGUUGUUGGUGCUACGAGUCGUGUCGGUAGGGUUGUUGUCAGGAAGCUCAUGCUUAGGGGAUACAAUGUCAAGGCUUUAGUUAGGAAAGCAAGUCAACAAGUAGUAGACAUGCUUCCUACUUCCGUAGAGAUUGUGAUUGGGGAUGUUGGUGAUUCACUCACCCUCAAGGCGGCUGUCGAGAAUUGCAGCAAAAUCAUAUAUUGUGCCACAGCUCGGUCCUCAAUCACCGGGGAUCUUAAUAGAGUUGAUAACCAGGGUGUUUACAACCUCACAAAAGCAUUCCAGGACUACAACAAUAAACUAGCACAAUUACGAGCAGGGAAGAGUAGCAAGAGUAAGCUUUUACUGGCAAAGUUUAAGUCUGAAGAUUCUCUGAGCGGGUGGACUGUCAGUAAAGGAACCUAUUUUCAGGAUGUAGUUGCCACGAAGUACGAUGGAGGAAUGGAUGCCAAAUUUGAGUUCACUGAGAAUGAAGAAGCAACAUUUUCAGGCUAUGUUUUCACUAGAGGCGGGUAUGUCCAACUGUCGAAGAGGCUUUCACUUCCACUUGGUUCCACUCUUGACAGGUAUGAAGGGCUGGUACUAUCUGUUGGUGGCAAUGGAAGAUCAUAUGUUAUAAUUCUUGAAUCUGGACCUUCAGCAGAUACAACACAAAGCAAAAUGUACUUUACACGGAUUAGCACAAAAGCAGGAUUCUGCAGAGUAAGAGUACCAUUUUCAGCCUUUCGACCAGUAAUGCCAGAAGAUCCACCAUUGGACCCAUUUCUUGUACAUACCUUCACAAUUCGUUUUGAACCAAGAAGACAGAGAGUUACUGAUGGAACCACGGGAGGAAAUCAGGACUUGAGAAGCUUUCAACUAAUAUUGGAAUAUAUAAAAGCAUUGCCAACUGGACAAGAAACAGACUUUAUCUUAGUCUCGUGUACAGGAUCUGGGAUAGAAGCUAACAGGAGGGAGCAAGUUAUAAAAGCCAAAAAGGCUGGGGAAGAUUCAUUGAGAAGAUCGGGCCUUGGCUACACAAUUAUCCGCCCAGGUCCAUUAAUGGAAGAACCUGGGGGACAACGUGCACUAGUUUUUGACCAAGGAAACAGAAUAUCUCAGGGGAUCAGCUGUGCUGAUGUGGCCGAUAUAUGUGUGAAGGCACUGCAUGAUUCAACUGCUAGAAACAAGAGCUUUGAUGUUUGUUAUGAAUAUGUGGCUGAGCAAGGAAAGGAGCUGUAUGAGCUGGUUGCACAUUUACCGGACAAAGCGAAUAACUAUCUAACACCAGCCCUAUCAGUUUUGGAGAAGAACACCUGAACUUUGCGAUGGUUCUGAUAGACACGAGUACAUCUUCUUCUGCCUAAAUAUACAUGUAUAAAUGAGUUUGUGAUUUAUUGUAUCUACAGCAAGCUGGUAAUAUGUAGAUAUAUAAAAGAAGCCUGUCUUUAGGAUCUUGAGCAUUGGUAGAAAAAGAUAAGAUACAAUGACAACUUUCAUUUUAAGUUAUGGGUUUGGCCAACAUAUGGUCGGAGAGGUUAAUAUUGAUUUUUCUCUGUACA